AUUGCAGGUUUCCCGCAAAUUCAUCUGGCUCACAGAUUAAUGCUUACUCUGUGGCAGUCCUCUGAAAAGAUCCUUUGUGCUGAGCAUAUCUGCCUACAAACAACCAUAAAGAUUUGAAGCAUCUGCAUGCCAAAGACAGCACAUCUGGAACAUACACAUCACACAAAGGAAAUGCUAUAGCAAGCAGAAAUUAACGACAACGUGCAGGCAGCCAAGAACAGAUUGCUAAAAGUAGAUUGUGCUGGCUUGGCACAUUUGGACUGCGAGUAUAUGUUUAUGAACUAAAACAAAAGAACAGUGUCUUGAAGAAGAUGUGGACAAUGGCAGAUUCAAGAGCCUAUGGUUUAAUUCUGAAUCUAGCAUUUGUAUAUGCUUUUCUUUUACAUCAAACAUUAGCAGCUCCUUCACCUAUAAUUAAAUUCCCUGGAGAUAACACCUCUCAGACAGAUAAAGAACUGGCAGUGCAAUACUUGAAUAAAUUUUAUGGCUGCCCACAAGACAACUGCAACUUAUUUGUCCUUAAAGAUACUCUGAAGAAAAUGCAGAAAUUCUUUGGACUUCCAGAAACUGGUGAACUGGAUCAGCAAACAGUGGAGACAAUGAAAAAGCCCCGUUGUGGCAACCCAGAUGUUGCAGGCUACAACCAUUUUCCAGGACGGCUUAAGUGGGACAAAAACGAACUUACAUACAGGAUUUUAGGAUACACACCUGAUCUGGAUCCAGAAAUUGUUGAUGAUGCAUUUGUACGUGCAUUUAACGUUUGGAGUGAUUAUACACCAUUAAAGUUUAAAAGACUCACAGAUGGAGAUGCAGAUAUUAUGAUUAACUUUGGUCGCUGGGAACAUGGUGAUGGGUAUCCAUUUGAUGGUAAAGAUGGCCUGCUGGCUCAUGCCUUUGCUCCUGGGCAAGGAAUUGGAGGUGACACACAUUUUGAUGAUGAUGAGCUGUGGACAUUGGGAGAUGGACAAGUUGUAAAGGUGAAAUAUGGCAAUGCAGAUGGAGAAAUUUGUAAAUUCCCAUUCCUCUUCAAUGGAAAAGAGUAUACCAGCUGUACAUCUGAAGGUCGGAAUGAUGGCUUUCUGUGGUGCUCAACAACAUACUAUUUUGAUGAAGAUGGAAAAUAUGGAUUCUGCCCCCAUGAAUCACUCUUCACAUUUGCUGGGAAUAGUGAUGGGCAGCCCUGCAAGUUCCCAUUCACAUUCGAGGGCAAGCAAUAUGACAGCUGUACAACGGAAGGCAGAAGUGAUGGGUAUCGGUGGUGCGGAACUACAGAAAACUAUGACACUGAUAAGAAAUAUGGAUUCUGCCCUGAGACAGCCCUUUCUACAGUUGGUGGCAAUGCUGAGGGUGCUCCUUGCCAAUUCCCAUUUAUUUUCCUUGGAGAAAAGUUUGACUCAUGUACCACUUCUGGGCGCAGUGAUGGGAAGCUUUGGUGUGCAACUACUGGCAGCUUCGAUAAUGACCGCAAGUGGGGCUUUUGUCCUGAUCAAGGUUACAGCAUUUUCUUGGUUGCAGCUCAUGAGUUUGGCCACGCCUUGGGACUAGAACACUCAAAUGAUCCAGGAGCACUGAUGGCUCCAAUGUACACUUAUUCCAAGAAUUUCCGUCUCUCACAGGAUGACAUUCAAGGGAUUCAGUCACUGUAUGGUCCAUCACCUGAUAAGCCAGUACAACCAACACAGGGACCUGUGACCCCCAUGAACAUCUGUAAAGAGGAGAUUGUCUUUGAUGCAGCAGCAUCGAUACGAGGAGAAACAUUCUUCUUCAAAGACAGAUUCCUGUGGAGAACAACAAAUCCACGUGCUGAACCAAAUGGCCCGAUGCUUGUUGCUACAUUUUGGUCUGAACUGCCAGAUAAAAUUGAUGCUGCUUAUGAAGAUCCUCAAGAAGAAAAAACUGUGUUUUUCUCAGGAAAUGAAUACUGGGUUUACACUGCAAGUACUUUGGAGAGAGGCUUUCCAAAAAAGCUCACAAAUAUUGGUUUGCCCCCUGAUGUACAACGAGUAGAUGCUGCUUUUAACUGGAGUAAAAACAAAAAUACCUACAUUUUUGCCAAAGAUCAGUUCUGGAGAUUCAAUGAAGUGAAAAAGAAGAUGGAUCCUGGUUUCCCAAAACUAAUUGCAGAUGCUUGGAAUGGGGUUCCUGAUGACCUUGAUGCAGUUCUGCAGUUCAACAAUGAUGGACAUACCUAUUUCUUCAAGGACUGGUACAACUUAAAACUGGAUGACAGCAGCCUGAAGAUUGUAAAAGUUGGAAAUGUGAAGAGGGAUUGGCUAGGGUGUAGAUAACCCAGCAUUAAAAAGUGAUGCCAUAUUAUUUGCACCCUUAUCCCUGUGUUCUAAUCUGAAUGUAGAAGAAUAGUGAAUAGCUUUUUAGUGGUACAGUCUGGUACUGGAACCCUUAAACAAUCCGUGCAAGCUCUGUUUAUUAAAGUUUGUUGAACAAGUAGCAUUUGAUUAUGUAUUAUUAUGACUUGUACUGAAAUACUGUGGAUGAAUCCGCAAGUCUUCCAUUGGGACAGUAUCAUAUAAAGCUCCAUGUGCAAUGUGGCAACAGCAUAGCAAACCUUCAUUUUGGAUCAUUAUUGUGUAUGAUUUUUAAACUGCAUCUAAGCAAGGUACUUCUAAACAUUUAAAAUACAACAGUAUUUCACUAGCUGUUGUUGCAAAUGGAAUAUCAAAAGUGUGUGACAUAAACGUUUAUUGCAAUGAUUGCAACUUUUAUUUCAGAAAGUGUUAAGCAACACUAUUAUGUUGUGAAUGCUCUUCUAAGCUGGUUUAGAAUCACAUCUUGCAGAUUUCCAAAGACAUAAGUGCAGCAGAAUGCUAUUCUUGAAAAUAUUCUUUGUGUGGUUUGUGGAAAUUAGUAUUUUGCUUCUCAGUGUCUACAAUGCUGUGUCAAAUCAUUAUGAAACCAAUGGACCUUGGGAUACAAAUUAUCAUUUGUUCAGAAAUCUAAUGGAGACCAUACUGCACAUGCAGACAGAAAACACAUGCACAGAAAGGUGGAUACCUUACAUUUUAAUGCACAGGUUUUAUGAGACAGCUACUAGAGCUUUUGGACCAAUGUGACACGUUAUCAUGAGCUAGUAAGUCACUGAAUCUAUGUACAGUGUUUUUAUAACCACUUCUAGUCAGGGUGAACAGAAUACAUCAUUUACCAUUGCCUAAAAGAACGAUUAUUAAGAAUAUACCACUGUAUAAACAUGUUUAGACCUAUGACACAGGGAAUGUUGGUGUGUGUGUGUGUGUGUGUGUGUGUGUGUGUGUGUGUGUGUGUGUGUGUGUGUGUGUGUGUGUGUGUGUGUGUGUGUGUGUCUGUAUAAAAGGGAAGGUCUUUCAUGAAUGAUUCACUAGAACUAGUAUCCAUUUUGGAGACAAAGACAUUUAGCAUGUUACUCAGAUGGUACGUGACAUUUUUUCUCACACCAGUAUUGUAAUGUAUCUUACUAUAUGUUGCUGAAGGACUUGGGAAGUCUAAAACCUUCAGUAGUUGUACUGUAAAAACUCUGUUGCUCUAAUAAAAGGCAUCACAUCCA